AUGGCCCUGCUGCACUCCUGCCGCGUCCUGUCCGGCGCCGCCGCCGCCGCCUUCCACCCGGGCCUCGCGGGCGUGGCUUCUGCCCGAGCCAGCUCCUGGUGGGCCCAUGUGGAGAUGGGGCCCCCAGACCCCAUCCUGGGAGUCACAGAAGCCUUUAAAAGAGACACAAACAGCAAGAAGAUGAACCUGGGAGUGGGUGCCUACCGGGACGAUAACGGAAAGCCUUACGUGCUCCCUAGCAUCCGGAAGGCGGAGGCCCAGAUUGCUGCGAAAAACCUGGACAAGGAGUACCUGCCCAUCGGGGGGCUGGCCGAGUUCUGUAAGGCGUCUGCGGAGCUGGCCCUGGGCGAGAACAGCGAAGUGCUGAAAAGCGGCCGGUACGUCACCGUGCAGACCAUUUCCGGAACCGGGGCCUUACGGAUCGGAGCCAGCUUUCUGCAAAGAUUUUUCAAGUUCAGCCGAGAUGUCUAUCUGCCCAAACCUACCUGGGGGAACCACACGCCCAUCUUCAGGGACGCCGGCAUGCAGCUGCAGGGCUACCGCUACUACGACCCCAAGACGUGCGGCUUUGACUUCACGGGCGCCAUGGAGGACAUUUCCAAAAUGCCCCAGCAAAGCGUCCUCCUCCUGCACGCCUGCGCCCACAACCCCACGGGAGUGGACCCUCGCCCCGAGCAGUGGAAGGAGAUAGCCUCCGUGGUGAAGAAAAACAACCUCUUUGCGUUCUUCGACAUGGCCUACCAAGGCUUUGCCAGCGGCGAUGGCAACAAGGAUGCCUGGGCUGUGCGCCACUUCAUCGAACAGGGCAUUAACGUUUGCCUCUGCCAGUCCUACGCCAAGAACAUGGGCCUCUACGGUGAGCGUGUGGGAGCCUUCACUGUGGUCUGCAAAGAUGCAGAUGAGGCCAAAAAGGUGGAGUCCCAGUUGAAGAUCUUGAUUCGCCCCAUGUACUCCAACCCUCCUGUCAACGGGGCCCGGAUCGCCUCCACCGUCCUGAACAGCCCCGAUCUGCGGAAGCAAUGGUUGCAGGAAGUGAAAGGCAUGGCCGACCGCAUCAUCAGCAUGCGGACCCAGCUGGUCUCCAACCUCAAGAAGGAGGGCUCCUCCCGCAACUGGCAGCACAUCACCGACCAGAUUGGCAUGUUCUGUUUCACAGGACUGAAGCCCGAGCAGGUGGAGCGGCUGACCAAGGAGUUCUCGGUCUACAUGACAAAGGACGGCCGCAUCUCGGUGGCAGGAGUCACCUCCGGCAACGUGGGCUACCUUGCCCACGCCAUCCACCAGGUCACCAAGUAA